AUGGAUGAAGUAGAGAAGAUAAGGCCAUAUAUUGCACAUUUGAAUAAGCAGCUCAGGUUGUUGAAGCCUGAUCUCGAAAAAAUGACUUCAAAAUCUCUCGAUGAGCAGCUACUGCUUUUGAGUGAUGAAAGAUCUAAGUUAGACCUCACAAAUAAGUAUUCCUACGUGUUAAGCUCAUUAAUGUUUGCUUAUAUGAAAGUUUUAAACGUAAAGGAUGUAUCACCAAUAAUGGCAGAAUUAACCAGAGUGAAGACAUACAUGAAUAAGGCCAAGUCUUUUGAUGAAAAACAGGACAGAAAGAAGGGACUUGAGCAAUCAGAACAAAAAAAAGCCAGGAGAGUGAUAAAUAGCGUGCUAGAUGGCAAUCAUGCCAGUCCAGCUAUAAGUAAGGUUCAUUUUCAAGGUAAGCAUACGAGAUUUGAUAACAAAUCGAGCGGUAAGGAUGAUCCAGAAACUAUUAGUGCUGAAGAGAUCACAGAAAAGAUCAAGGAAGCCAAAUCAAAGAAGCCAAACUCCACCGAGAAACGGAAAAGCAAAUCAAAACAAAAGUCUAUUAAAGUGCAUAAAAGGAAAUAG